AAUAAGAGAGAUACAGAGAAAAACACCAGAACACUGCUCACUUCUGGCUUAUGGUAGUGCUGGAGAUUGAAGCUGGGGUUGUAGGGCCUUAGGCAUGAAAGUGUUUUGUAUGACCAUUAGGCUAUCUUCCCAACUCCUGCAUUUUAUUUCAUUUUAAAAACCCACUUUAUUUAUGACAGAGGAGUUUCACGGGACAGAGAAGCCAGAGCACCACUCUGGUCCAUGUAAAUGCUCCACUAGUUGAACUAUUUCCAGUGUCACCUAUUAAUUCCAUUCUAGAGGUGGGACAACAGAGGUUGAACCAAGGUGAAGCUAAUGCUCCCAAGCACCCCCUGUUGGUUAAAGACAGGAAUUGUUCCCAAAGGGUCAAACUUGGCCAGACACCCUGUGCGGUAUGGCCCAAAGUCGGGUGCAGGUAGGCAUGCUCACACUCAGGCUCAGAAGUUGCCCCAACACACACACACACACACACACACACACACACACACACACACACACAGCCUCUGAGGAUCCAGGCAGCUUCAAAAGAUUGCCUCUUCCAAGCCUAAGGCCACCGGUCAUCAGCAUCCCUGGUUAAUGAUAAUCCUGAUGUUUAUGCAGUCCCAGAGAAGGGGGACAAGGGUGUAAGGGGAAGGUGGAGAGGGGGACACCAGGCCUGCUCUGGCCAAUCCAGGCUUCCUCCAUGCAUAGGGCUCUACUGUUCUCAGAUGUGUGAUGAUGCUGUAAUGACUCGACCAGCAGGGGACUCAAUUUCCCCUUUGGGAGAAAGGAGAUAAGAAUACUAUGCCCAUCAGAGGGAGGGAGGGAUGGCUCUGAGAAAUGACCCAUGGAUAACAGAACAAAGUCAGGCACAUAGAAAUUGACCCAAGAAAAGGUAGCUAUGAUUGUUACCGUCAUUCUUCUUUUGGUUAGUUAGUUUAAAUGCUAACUAUUAUAUACUUGAAUUCUAUGUAUUAUAACAAGAGAGGGAGCGGGUGGUGGCACACCUGGCUGAGCGCACAUGUUACAGUGAACAAGGACCUGGGUUUGAGUCCCUGGUCCUCACCUGCAGGGAGAAAGUUUUGCAGGUGAUGAAACAGUGCUGCAGGUUAGGUCUCACCCCGUGCCUCUGACCACUGUGGUGACUUCUGUCAGCUUCCCAAGUGCUCUAUACACUUGGGAAGUGCGGUUCAAAGGGCCCCACUUGGACAGUUCACUUGGACAGUGCGCUGCUUUGCUAUGCAUACAGUCCAGGUUUGAGCCUGGUCCCUACCACAUUGAAGGAAGCUUCAGUGCUGUGAUCUCUUUCACUCUCUCUCUAGUUUCUUUCUUUCUUUCUUUCUUUCUUUCUUUCUUUCUUUCUUUCUUUCUUUUUCUCUCUCUCUUUCUUUCUUUUUCUUUCCUUUUUUUCAUUAGAGCAAUGCUCAGCUCUUGCUUAUGGUGGUGAUGCUGGAAAUUGAACCUGGGACUUCAGAGCCCAGGCAUAAAAUUUUUUUGGCCUAACCAAUAUGCUAUCUCCUCAGUGCUAUUUCUGACUUUCUGAAAAUGUUGAAUGUUGGCCUGAAGCAGUGAAACCCCAGUUAUGAUUAAAAAAAAUCACUCUACCUGACAGAGAAGAAAACUAAGGGUCAGGAUGGUAGAGAGAUGGGGAACCCAGAUUUGUGUCCCGCCCCCCCCCCCCCCGCCAGUGAGUGCCUUGAAGUCCCCAGGCCUUUAGGGCUGUGCAGCAGUGAGAAGAGGCUCCAUGUGCCCCAGAAACACAGGGUACUAAUCCCUUUAGACCCACCAGGUGCCAUGAAGCCACCUGCUGAACCACCUUGUGCCUCAGUUUCCCCUGUAUUCAAGUGGAGGUGUGCAAUUUUACUCUCCUCCCACUUGAGGACCGAGUCAGUCAAUCCACAUGAAGACCAGCUCAGGGAAGGUGCUCUGUUAAGUACUCCUUCAGAGUGGGGCAAGAGUGAUGCUGAGAUCUAUUCAAAAAACUAGAAGACCCGUCCAGAUGGAGACAGCACCCCCCUCGAGUGCUCCAGGCUCCAUGGAGUAAGAGCACAGAGCCACAUAGAGAGGAGCCUGGAACAGGACUGGCUCCUCCCGAGCCAUGUAACCGAGACCUCGAAUUACUUGACCUUUCUCCUCAGUUUACCUCCAUCAGUAAAACAGCGCCGGAAUAGUGCCGGUCCCAGGGCCUGGGGUUGAGCUCAGAAUGAGCUAAUAGGUGACAUUUCAGGACAUUCUGGCAUGGAGCCAGUGCGCAAGAGGAGAGUGACAUGGCAUCUUUACUCAUUGUUCCCUUGGCUUGACUCUCUCUCUCUGUGUCCCCCAGAGGAUGAUGGGGACUCACAGGGUUAAUUUCUGGCAGAGUGGGUGGAGUAGGUUAUGUGUUUGGGGCAGCAUAGUUGCCCUGCUAAGUGUGGCCACCAGAGGGAGCUGCUGGCCCCUAUAAGCCCCAGGGCCAGCGCCCACCACGCCCUGCCCUCAGAAGCCAGGGGAGGGGGCUGCCUGGGAGUGGCCGGCACCAUCCAACUGCCCAACCAAACAGCCCUGGGGUGUCUCCUUUUACCCCCCCCCCCCGCACCCCAUCUGUUGAGUCAUCCUGUCCCACCCCAGUGAAUAGGUGGUAGGGGAUCCUGGAGAGGGGACACGCUGGGAGGGGCUAGGGUUCUGCAGCCCUCCACCCCCUCCUCCCAAGUGGCCACCCCAUCCUUUUCCAAGGACGGCUAUCUGUGCUGACCCCCAACUCCUUACCCUGGUGCUGCCCAAGGAGUCCUGUUCCCAAACCGCCAGGGGAAAAGGGCGUGGGAGGUGAGGUUGCUUACAGGGUGCUGGAAAGAGGAAGGGGAGGGUGGCAAGAAAUAAAGACACCCGAGAGAGAGAGAGAGAGAGAGAGAGAGAGAGAGAGAGAGGGACAUAUAGACAGGCACAUAAAGAAAAGCUGACAGAGACACAGACCAGGAAGGAAGAGGAGAAAAAGAGACAAAGUAGGAGAGACAGAGACUAAACUCAGAGUCCAAGAGAAACAGAAAUAAUCAGAAAGUUAGACACCAAAGAGAGACACAGAGGAGGGAGAGGCCAGGGAGGGGGAGCAGGCAAGGGGGAGAGGCAGGGCCAGCGCCCAGCUGGCCAGCCCGGAGGGUCGCUAGGCGGGGGAGAUGUAGUGGCAGCAGGCUGUCGAGUUGGGUGGGCAGAGAGAAGUGGGGCCUCAGGGGCGGGGGCUGGGGGCAUGGGAGGGGCAAGCAAGCUGCUGCUGCUGCUGCUACUAGUGGGGGCAGGGGCAGCCUGGAGACCCCCGAAGGGGAAGUGUCCUUCCAGCUGCUCCUGCUCUAAAGACAGUGCGCUGUGCGAGGGCGCCCUGGAACUGCCUGAGAGCUUCUCCCCGAGCCUGCUGUCACUCUCCCUGGUCCACACUGGAGUCCCCAAACUGAAGGCUGGCAGCUUCCUGCGGAUUCCAUCACUGCACCUGCUUCUCUUCACAGCCAACUCCUUCUCCGUGAUCGAGGAUGAUGCAUUUGCUGGCCUGUCUCACCUGCAGUACCUCUUCAUCGAGGACAAUAAGAUUGGCUCCAUCUCCAAGAACGCCCUCAGAGGACUGCGCUCACUCACGCACCUGAGUCUAGCCAAUAACCACCUGGAGACCCUCCCCAGAUUCCUGUUCCGAGGCCUGGAGACCCUGACUCAUGUGGACCUCCGUGGAAACCCGUUCCAGUGUGACUGCCGCAUCCUCUGGCUGCUGCAGUGGAUCCCCAUGGUGAACGCCAGCGUGGGGACUGGGGUCUGCGCCGGCCCUACCGCACUGGCCCAGCAGCAGCUCCACCACCUGGAUCCCAAGACAUUCAAGUGCAGAGCCAUCGAGCUGUCCUGGUUCCAGACAGUGGGGGAGUCUGCUCUGGGCGUGGAGCCUUUCUCCUACCAGGGGGAGCCCCACAUGGUUCUGGCACAGCCCUUCGCGGGCCGCUGCCUGAUCCUGGCCUGGGACUACAGCCUGCAGCGAUUCCGGCCAGAGGAGGAACUGUCAGCGCCCUCGGUGGUGGCCUGCAAGCCCCUAGUGCUGGGCCCUCGCCUCUUCUUGCUGGCAGCCCGCCUGUGGGGGGGCUCACAGCUGUGGGCGCGUCCAGGUCCCGGCUUGCGUCUGGCCCCUACGCAAGCCCUGGCCCCCCGCAAGCUGCUGAGGCCCAAUGACGCUGAGCUGCUGUGGCUGGAUGGGCAGCCGUGCUUCGUGGUGGUCGAUGCGUCCAAGGCGGGCAGCACCACGCUGCUGUGCCGCGAGGGGCCCGGCUUCUACCCGCGCCAGAGCCUGCACAUCUGGCACCGCGACACGGAUGCCGAGGCUCUGGAGCUGGAUGGACGGCCACACCUGCUGCUGGCCUCCGCCUCACAGCGGCCGGUGCUCUUCCACUGGGCCGGGGGCCGCUUCGAGAGGCGCACAGACAUCCCUGAGGCCGAGGAUGUCUACGCCACACGCCACUUCCGAGACGGCGACGACGUGUACCUGUGCCUGACCCGCUACAUCGGGGACUCCAUGGUCAUGCGCUGGGAUGGCUCCAUGUUCCGCCUGCUGCAGCUGCUGCCCUCCCGUGGCGCCCACGUCUUCCAGCCGAUGCUCAUCGCCAGGGACCAGCUGGCGAUUCUGGGCAGCGACUUCGCCUUUAGCCAGGUCCUGCGCCUUGAGCCUGACAAGGGGCUCCUGGAGCCGCUGCAGGAGCUGGGGCCCCCAGCCCUGGUGGCCCCACGAGCCUUCGCCCACCUCGCGGUGGUUGGCAGGCGCUUCCUCUUUGCUGCUUGCUUCAAGGGCCCCACACAGAUCUAUCAGCAUCACGAGCUGGACCUCAGCGCCUGACAUCGCAGGGGACCCCGGCCACCAGGUUCCAGAUGCUACCAGGAUGCCAACCAGACUUCCUUGGACAGAUGACAAUAUGUCCUGGAGCUCCGCUUCCCUAGAACCCUGCCCCACUAGGGAAAGAGAGAGACAGGCUGGGAGUAUGGAUCGACCUGCCAAUGCCCAUGUUCAGUGGGGAAGCAAUUACAGAAGCCAGACCUUUCACCUUCUGCACCCCAUAAUGACCCUGGGCCCAUACUCCCAAGUGGGUUAAAGAAUAGGAAAGCCAUCAGGAGAGGGGAUGGGAUACAGAGCUUUGGCACAAGCAAUGUUGGCAAACAAACUAAGGACCUCAUGCUUUGAAGUCCAGUGCUCCAGCCACCAUGCCACCUCCUGGGCCAUAGCCCUUCUGUUUAAAACUAUGUCUUCCGCCUGGAAGCCCUCCCCCCUUCCAUCAUUGCCUUGACUUUUCUGUAGCUGCACUGCCAACCACACACCUACCCUGCCCUGCUCACUGCCUCUCUUCUCGGAAAGGGAGGAGCCUUGUCUGUCCCACUUUCUGUUUGCUUGGAUCUGAGCACAGUCUGUCACAUACUAGGUGCUGAAGAAAUGCUUGUGGAUGGAGUGAAUGAAAUUAUCUUCUCUCUUUAUGCAUCCCCAGGGGGUGAACCGAGGGCCUUGUACAUGAAUGAUACCACUGAAUACACCGACCUAUUUCAUAAAAUUUUAUUUAUUCAUUUAUUUAUUUACCAUUGUCACUGGGAUUCAGUGCCUGCAUGAUGAAUCCACUGCUUCUGGAGACAUUUACUGUUUUUUCCUAUCUUUCUGUUUUGGAUAAAGACAGAGGGAAAUUGAGAGGGGAGAAGGGGAGAUAGGGAAAGAGACAGAGACACCACUGAUGAGGUGGGGACCAGGGGCUUAAACCUGGGUCCUUGCACCUGGUAACAUGUGCUCUCUACUGGGUGCACCACCACAUGCAUCCCCCUUCCCUGACCUGUUUUUAAAUUCUGUAUCUUUCGAAAGAGACAGGCAGUGGUCCAGGAGGUGGCGCAGUGAUAAAGCUUUGGACUCUCAAGCAUGAGGUCCUGAGUUUGAUCCCCGGCAACACAUGUGCCAGAGUGAUGUCUGGUUCUUUCUCUCUCCUCCUAUCUUUCUCAUUAAUAAAUAAAUAAAAUCUUUUUUAAAAAAGAGAGAGAGAGACAGAAAAAGAAGAGGAUGAGACACUGCUCCACCCUUCCUGGAGUCCUGUUGCUGUCCAUGGUGCUUUCAGGUGGUUCUGGGAAUCAAGCCCAGCACUGCACACAGCCAAGAAUGCACUCUACUCACUGAGCUAUCUCUCAGCCUCUGAAAAGCAUACUUGAGAGCUACUCUACCCCAGGUCCCACCAAAGCAUCAACCAAUACCCCUAUUCCCCCUAAGUCAGUCAUAGCUUCUGGAACCACAGCUGGUUCAAGCCCCAGCUCCAUCUUUUUCUCACAGUCCCACUUCCAGCCAGCAUGUCUCUCCCUGUGGGCCUCAGUUUCUCCAUCUGCGGUCUGGAGAUAAGAAUAGCUCAUCUUCCCCGUCCCACACCCCCAGGGCUGCCCUUUGGAUUCAAUGGGGCUGUUGUGCGGAGGCUGGCAGCAUGACUCAUUCUAGAAGCUGCUUCCCAUCCUGGAAGGGGGUGGAGUGGGAAGGGCAGGCUGUGUGUUUUCCAACCACCAACAAUGGGGCUCUUGUGGGCAGGGGCCCUCGGGCAUGGAAAACACAUCCACCCCUGUGGGAUCCAGACAAAAGCCUCAGGUCUCCAAGGGGAGCCUGCCAGGCCCUUCAUGCUUUUUGAAGAUUACUGCAACAAGAAAUCCUGGUUUGGGGAAGUAUGAGGCUUUUCCUUGUGACCAGCAACUGAGAGGGGGUGGGUUCUCUCCCUAUGAUAGUAUCCUAAGAUAAUCUCUGAGCCUUGGGUCACUGGAGUCUGAUCCAAAGAGAGGUGUUAGAGUUUUGUAUUAAACAAAAUUGGAUGAAGAGCAAAGGUUUGAGGUCUGCUAUGGAGAGUGGGAGAGUCACAUUUGAGACUUGGAAGUUGCUGUCAUUUUGCCACCAUGGAAACACCAGCUGGAGGAAAAACUAAUGCUGUAAUGACCACAAGUCAAGAGAAACACAGGCAGUUAGCACCCUGAUCAAACCAGGCCUGAUCUCCCUCUGGAAUCUUCAGCUACAUAAUCUAAGAUUUGUAACUUGUUUGAGGUAGUUUUCAUGACAUUUUCUGUUGUUUGUAACCAGUGCCAACCAAAAAGGUUUAAGGAAGGAGUUCCAUGGAUCCAGACUCACUGCCCUUUGAUAGGCAUCUUGUUACAUGAUUUCUGCUUAGGUUAAGCCAAUGUUUUUCUUUUAGCAUCAAUCAAUCAAUCAACCCAUCUAGAUAGCUCUAGAGGCCAAUGAAGGUCUCAGCCAGGUCAAGACUCUGUGUGGACAAAUCCAGGUCCCACUCACCUGGCUUUGAAAUAAGCCUGUUCUCCUUCCAAAUUUCCACUCUGAGAAAGAAAUGAGGGGGCCAGGUGGUGGUGCUCCUGGUUGAGCACACAUGUUACAAUGCGAAAUGAUCCGGGUUCAAGCCCCUGCCCCCCCAUACCUGCAGGGGAAAGCUUUGCAAGUGGUGAAGCAGUGUUGCAGAUGUCUCUCUGUCUCUUUCCCUAUCACCCUCUUCCCUUUUGAUUUCUGGCUGUUUCUAUCAAAUAUACAAGUAAAGAUAAUCAAAAAAAAAUUUAA